CACCAAUUUAAGAUUCGCCAAGUAAGGCAGAAUUCCCACGGUAUCUAUAUUGGACAAUACAGAUUUGUUACCAUUCCGAGGACGUUGUUCAUACCCUAUUACUUACUGCAUAUAUAUUCUCGCCUUACCCGUUGAGCCUCACGACCACCCAUUCUUUACUAAACAUUUAAUCGACUGGAUUCGAUAUGCACGACGAGUCCGCCUCGGACUACUGUCCGGCUUCCCCAGAUGCAUUAGACACAAGCAGCCUUUACCAUGCCAAUAGUAACAUCGACGACCUAACUCUAGCUUUGAUGAAUCUCUCCCAAGUAUCAUCCUUGGAGUCCCAACAGAGCAUAUGUUGUUGUUGUGGUAGCAUCGAGUGCCAAGCGACGAAGAGUUGGAUGGACUCGAAGGAGAAGCUCGAGAAGCGGUUGCAUCUCAGCGCAGAGGUUGGCUCCGCCCUACUGCAGCGGCAUGAGGCAUACGUCAGUCGACACGAGUCUAAUGUGCACACGCCGCGCGGUGCUUCAGAUGAUCUUGCGGGCGACUCGCUUCAAGACAUGCAUGCUGAAGUCGAUUCGCCUGUGGCCGAAUUGAUGAAAGACAAUGCCGUCCUGGAGAAGCGACUAACGCAAGCGUUAUUGAACAGUGAAGUAGCUGAGGCAUCACAUAAGACUGUACUUCAGGAGCUGGAGGAAGCCCGGACGUCGGUGACGCGCCUGACUGCAUACCAGGCACGUACUGUAGGGAUUGAUUCUCGACUAGCUGCUACUCUCCAAGAGAAUGAUGAUCUUCGGCAAGAGCAAGACAGUCAAGCACAAAAAGCAAAGACUGCAGAAGCACGUAUUGCUGCUCUUAAGGACCGUACUGAUAAGCUACAAGCUGAAGUUCGUCGAUUGCAAGCUGACCUCGAACUUCGGCGCUUGCAACGAUUAGAGUCGUCAGAAUCUCUACUUCAAGAUGUUCGCUCGCGCAUAGAAGGUCUUCAUUACACGCGUACUAGCUCGGCGAUAACCGAGGACUCAGAGGUUAUGAAAGUUCUAGAGUCGCUGGUCUCUGACAACGAGGUCCUUAAGGCCGACAAUGAGGAACUCCAUAAGCUUCUCACUGAAUCUAGAGAAGACCUUCAAGUGCUACAAUCGCAAGUGGAGGAGAAUUUCAACUUCGCGCCUCCGAUACGAGUGGAUACGCCUUCGAGACAUUCGCGGACGGGAAGUGGCCCAUCGUCAUUUAUUCGAGAUUCGUUACUGAACUCUGUGAAACGUCCAUCAAGCUCAGAGCUAAAGGCUCGUCGUAUCUUUGAGCCGCUCACGCCCGAGACCAGUCACCGUCCACUUUCCCCAGCAGAGUCGAUGGUUCCCUCAGAAACGAAGUAUACCAGUCUACACCCGCAAUACCCACCUUCUCACUUCAGCUCCGAUGUGGACGAGUACGACGUUGAUCACCACUCGUUGCUCACCAAUCCUAAUCAACAUUCCAAAGCGGUACAGACAGAUCGCUGGCUAGGGUUGCAUCCAACGGCACAACUGACACCGUCUCUCAGCGAGCUUGUAUCGUCCUUUCCUCAUGAUGCCCGAUCAGAUUCUUCCUCCUUUCAUGAUAGUCAACCUACACACAUCUCUGCUCUCCUAGAACGCAUGAUGUCACUCCUGUUGCGCAUGUCGCAAGCGGAUGCGCUGACACUGACAAACCGCUUAAAACGCCAGCAUCUGCGUGGUGCGGACGUUAAACACCUAUCACGCGCAACCGUAAGCAGCAUCCUCUCGGAGAUCACCCAGCUGCGUGCACAGUACCGCGUGCUGCUGGAGGAUGAGAAGGUCACCCUCAUGUGUACCCGGAAGGAUCUGCGUGGGUUGUUCAAGUUCUUCAAGGACGUGUUUGAGGAACUUGGGCAGCUGCGUGUCACGCUGAAUGAUGUCAUUCUAGAGCCUUCUAUUGCACAGAGGGUCAGUGAGAUGGCGCUGGAUCCUGCAAAGGCCGAGGCGAUGGAGAGGGAGAGGAAGGCGUCUGGACCAGGUUCAAGUUGGAUGGCCCCAUUCUCGAAGCUGUUCGGUUCAUCAAUAAGCGAAUCGAACACUCACCCUUCUCAUUCACCUCCUAGACCUGUAAGUCGAGGUCGUGGAAUCAUUCGUCAGCCACGUCCAGUACCAAAGCUGGGCCCGGCACUUGCUGCCUCGACUACAAUAGUAAACGUCGAAUUCUCGGGGGCGGGCGUUGGCAAGUCUGUAACAAGCACAUUCUCCGCUCAUCCUACAAAUGAAGCACAUCCGUUUGGCCCGAUGUCUCACGUUGAUACCGUUCCUCGCCCGCCUGCGCCGACCUCAAACGUACGCAGCGUCAUGGGCAUCUUCGCGGGUGCACCCCACCCGAAUGAUGCCGCAGAUCCAUGGGUAGUUCUUCCCCGUGCUCCUCGCCGUGUCCGUUCUACAUUCUUCAAGUCAGAUGAGCCUUCGAAGAGCGGCACCGUGACCAUCGACAGAUCCCUCGCGUAUAAGCGGAGCAAUUCGCACCUAUCACGCGAAAUCGACGUUGACACUAGGCUAGAGCACGACGAAGCAGCUGAUGUACCUGGUCCCCUCAUCGAGCGUGCCCUGCGCAGGCGGGGUCUCUCAGACUCGUCUAUUCAUUCGACGUACAUGAACCAGACUCAACAUAGUACACCUGCUGAACUCAGCACUGGCGGGUCAGUAUUGCAGACCCUCAGCAGGACGAUGAGAAAUUUCAGCUUCGCUGCAAGCCAGACGGUGUCGGGCUCUGUGGCAUCACCACCCCCACCCAGUCGCGUGCCAGAAGAGGACGCUGGUCCACGGGAAGGCCUCGACGUGCCACGCUCUCAUCCUCGCAGAGUGGCUACUCCGACGCUAUCGUCGCUCAUCCCAAACUUGGGUUUAACAUCAUGGGCUACUGCCAGCGCCGCGUUGGAGAAUCCCCACUCGGGUCCACGAGCAAUGUACUAUGGCAGCGUCCGAGAAGAUUCCAUCAUGCCCCGGUCAUGGGGACGAGAAGAUCAGAGGAGGGAUGUUUAAGCUGACAAUGCAGAGUGAAAAGUGUAAUCUAUUCAACAGGACAUACAGUGCAGUGCUUGAUUUAAUUACUACGCUUUCAUGAUACCCCCUCUCAAUAACGUAUUGUAUUAUAUGAAGUGGAACAAUGCAUAAUCGUUGACGAUCUAUUGCGUACAGUGGGGCUACAAU